GUCUGUUGCCUGCCAGCGUUCUUUCGCGCAAUUUUACGGUGAUAUUCUUUCGGAAUUUAUUCGCUUCCUGAAUCCACGAUUUACAAAUAAAUAGAAACCAGAAGUUGAGCAGAAAGUUGAGUAUAGUUUCGAUAAGAUGAGUUCAUCUAAAUAUUCCGGUGCUGGUAAAAAUCCGAUGAAGCAAAUCGGCAACAAAAACGUAGGCUACCGUGUGGACAUUCUCAAAUGGAGCGAAAAAAUGGACCUGUUAGCGAUCGGAAACGACAAAGGAGAAGUAAUACUUCAUCGGCUAAAAUGGCAAAAGGUGUGGCAACUGCCACCACCUGAGGAAGGAUUGCUAGUGCGUGGGAUAGCCUGGAGGCCGCUGGAGAAAGUGAUGGCCAUUGCUUACAGUAACGGGAUUGUUUUGCUGAUAAACAUCGAAAACAAGGAGGAAAUCUAUAAUUUCAACGUCAAGGCGGAUAUCAGCUGUAUUAAUUGGACGGAUAACAAUAAAGAAGUUCCUAUCAAUGACACCAGUGGAGAUGCAAUCAAUAACUAUACCACAUUCCUGCCACCGCUACCAAGCUUGAAUUCGCUAUCGUCGACCGCCAAAUCCUGUGAAUACAACACCCUAAAGUUCUACUCAAAACAGAUUCUGAACCUUCUGAUCAUUGGCAGCUCCAACGGUUUUGUUAACCUGUCUGUAUUUGGGAUGUUGUCCUGUUGUGAUUUGGAUGUGUUUCAAACGCUCAACAUCCGACCCGAUGAGGGCACGAUUAAGGAAGUGAAAAUGAGUUCAAACUUCAAGCAGCUGUUCGUGGUCGUACAACGUGGAGGGUGGCUCGAGCUGGUUGUCUUCGAGAAUGACAUCUUGCAGCGCUACUCGACGUCGCUAAUGAAUCUGGCCAUCAAACAUGCUCACAUUCUGGGAACAAUGACCUACAUCGGGGAUACCAUUGAGUGCAUUGUCGAGGCUUGGGAGACCGUACUGCUGGAGAUGGACAACAAGCUGACAAAGUACGCCAACAGCCAACCCCAGGGAUCAAUUUCAGCGGACUUUCUGGAGCUACUUAUGUUUGGAAGUACAUCUCCAGCGCUGGAACAGUUUUUGCUGAGAGACUUGACGGAAAAAGGACUGAAAAAACUGGGGAAUAGCAUCGAGUUGAGCUAUUCCACCAUACAGAAGCUGGUGGUUAAACCACUUCACACGGCUAUCAGCAGUGUAUUUUAUCACCUGAAUUCUCUACAAGGCAUGGUGAGCAACGUCUAUUACUACAAACCAUUGCUGGGUAAUGUUACAAAGGAAGCCCUAAUAAACUGCGGAGCAUUCUUAAUCAAAGCCUAUGAACUGCAACAAACGAUCGACACCUCUACCAGAGAUUUCAAGAUAUUUUUCCGAUGGUUGUACAUAGUGAUCGUUCGUUUGAUGGACGAAACUCUGGCCGAAGAUAGCUCCUUUGUGACGCAGCAAGAGGUCAACUAUCUGGCAGAAUUUCUCAACAAUUUUGACGCAAACUAUCACGAAGCCAUGGAGGAGGAUGCUCCGAGUUCGGAGACAAAAAAGCGCAAGUUCAACUUGGAACGCGUCGGUCAGUACCUGGAGGAUAAGCCUUUGAUGUUUCCUCCCAAGGAGGACGUCUCAAAUCAGUGGACCAGACUCCUCGAGGAGAACGAGUGUCUCAAGGCUUGUCCUUUGAUCUAUCCUCACAACGAAAACAGCUCCCUUGUUCAGCAACACCACCAACUAAAAACCAGCAUCCAACAAAUCUUCGAAAAACCGGUGACCGUUAUCGGUCAAGACUUCAAGCAGAAAAGCAUCCUCUCCCUACGGAACACUGAUCCCCAGCACGGCUUCCAGCAAACCGUCACCCAGUUGGACCUAGAAGAUCGAAAUGUGUCGCUUUUCGCCAUGCUCGAUUCCGACAACAGUCUCGUCUUGACAGAAUGCAAUUCGGCCUCGAUGAUCCGCUCGAUCCGUUUACGUUUCCUGGAGAAACCCUAUUUUGACGCCCGUUUGGCGGCCAUCGGGGAUCUCACCUUCAAACACAUCCAAUUCUACAAUAUGGAAAUACUCUCGGUUUUGCUGCGGGCGCGUACUAGUGAAGGCCGCUCCAGCAGCUACUUCAUGCAGCUUGCGCUAGAUCGGAUCUGGGAAGUGCUGGAAACGAUUCCAUUGGUCAAUAACCAGAUCAUAUCCGACGCGACCGGCGGUGGAAGUUGCUGCCGUGUAGUCAACGCCUACACGCUCAUAGAGGAAGGUUCCUUGAAGCUGCUGGAGGGCAUGGAUGCCGGAAAGAUUGCCGUGUCCGGCUCGAGGAAUAUGACUUCGGUGGUGUCCGAAUCUCAACGAACCAUCCGGAUAUACGACAUGGAUCCACAGGAAGAGGAAGACGAUCUGUUGGACAUAUCGCGAGAUAAUAGCAGUUUAGAUAAUAGUAAGGAAUCUAUACAAUCUUGAAAUUAUUAAUACAAACAAUCACAGGCUGA